CGGACCGCGAGCAGGGACGCGAACUCUCGACGCCCCGCCACCCACCGGCCGCCACCUACCGCGCGUCUUCCGGCGAAACCCGCGCCGCUCCCACGGAGAGCGCGAGAGACGUGGCCCUGAGCGAAGGCGCCCCGAUAAUCAUCCUUGUUGAGGGGGCGAAGCAGUAAUCAGGGUUAGCGCAGAGAGAGCGAGAGAUGAGCGACGAAGGGCGCGCGGACACGAGCAGCAUGCUCUUCAGCGUCCACAAGCACCUCCAGGCGCGCUGCGCGGAUCGCAGCGCGGCCUACCUGGCGUGCAAGAAGAACGAUCAGAACCCGGCCGCGUGCCUCGAGGAGGGCGCCAAGGUGACCGGGUGCAUGCUCGACCUCCUCAAGGAGCUCAAGGGGAAGUGCCCGGACACGCUCAACAAGUACGCGGCGUGCAUGGACUACAGGAGCAACCAGUUCACGAAGUGCAGGGCGGAGCAGGCGGCGUUCGAGAAGGAGUGCCCCAUCUGAAGAACGGGAAGGGUCGGGUGAGAGGAGGGAGCAGGCCGAUGCUCCGAUCGGCCGGGUGUUCUCACAGGUCGUUUUUCGCCCCGAGCGGCAGUACCAGUCACCACUCAUUGCAACAUAUUCGAUGUAUUCUCUC